AUGUUACAACGAAAGGGUGUACCAAGGAGUCACAGCAAUGCGAGUUAUUUUCAUAGCUCCCUCCUUCCCCUCACUGACAACCGCAAGACGGCUCCGGCUUCUGCCCGCCGAGGAAAUAAUAAUGGUGUCGGUAAUGGAACUUCGGGAAGUGUGGACGGCGGUUUUGCCAGUAUCAGUCUGUCCACGGUGGGAAGAGCGGCCGCUCUGUUUGCCAUUUCUAUUGUCACAAUCACCAUUCUGAGGGUAGCCGUGUCGGGAUCCAGUAUUACGGAAGAACUGGAAUUGGACGUGGCAGAGGGGGCUGUGGCUUUGAGUGCUGUGGGUGGUGGGCUGAGGAAUAAUAAUUAUUGGCAAACCAUGGAUGAACAAAAGCUACCACUCUCCGAUUACCCUUCCAUACAAUACGCACUCGAAAAUUCCGAUAUUGUGCUCCUCUAUUUUGCGGCUUCGUGGUGUCCCAUGAGCACUCCCAUUACCAAACUGUUGGAUGAAAAAUUUGGAGAUAUUCUACUACAUCCAGAGGGAACGGAUGAUGAAAGCACACGAAGUAUCAACAAUCAACGGAGAAGACCCAUUUCACUGGUGUAUGUGUCGUCCGAUGAAUCAGAAGUCAAAAUGAAAGCUUAUUCUCGAAAGAAUUGGAUUGAUGUCCCUUUUCAAUCCGAGGAAAGAACCACCUUGAAGAAACAUUUCAAGGUGGCAGCCAAAAGAGAAAUGGAAGUGCUCAACAUGCCAUCACGACUCUAUGAAAUUCCAGCCAUUAUCGUCGUCUCGGGAGAAUCUCAUAACGUCCUGACGACUCAUGGAGUGGAUGAUCUCAGGGAAAAGGGAUCCGAAGCUCUCAUUCAUUGGAUCAAACUGCUUCAUACUAUCAAGGCGCUCGAAGACAAAUACUGA